CGACUUCUCGUGUAGCCGAGGAGAUCGGACGGGGAUCCCAGAGUCGCCCUCACUCUCUCUCCUCCCGAACCCAAGCGAAACCGACCGGCUCGCCGCGCUCCUCGCCCAACCCGGAAUCCAGACCGGGUCUCCACGGUCGCGCUAGCUGCCAUGGCGUGGUGGCGGCCGGCGGUGGUGCUGCUGGUACUGGCAGCGGCGCUGGUGGCGGCGGCCGCCGAAACCGGCGACUGCAUCCACGAGUUGGUGCCCUACGAGGGCAACUUCGUGUCGGGGGAUUUCGUCGUCGUCGACCAUGACAUCUUCUGGAGCUCCGACCGCCCCGACCCCGGCAUCGACUUCACGGUAACUUCACGAGGCGGUAACACUGUAUAUACGUUGAAGGGAAUAUCUGGCGAGAAAUUUGAGUUUAAUGCUCCAAGGGGUGGAACGUACAAGUUUUGUUUCCAUAGUCCAUAUGGAGCACCUGAAACUGUUUCUUUCUACGUUCACGAUGGUCGCAAUCUUGUUCGUGAGGAGGCCUUGAAGGGGGAAGCCUUCAAGAAGAGGUAUGAUGAGUGGAUGGCCAGGUAUCACCGCACAUACAAGGAGGAUGUCAUGAAGAAGAGGUUCGAGGAGUGGAUGACUGAGUACCAUCGCACCUACAAGGAUGAUGAGGAGAAGGCGCAGCGCUAUGAACUAUUCAAGGACUGUGCCAAGAUGGUUGAUAAGCUUAACGUGUUUCCGGGUGGGGCGGCCACAAACAACUUCUGCGACUAUUCUGAGGACGAGAGGCAACUCAGCACAGGGGCCGAGUAAUCGUGAUUGCCAUCAGUGAUGGCAAGGAAGUGACUCUUAUCCCUAGGGUAAAAUUGGAUGUCAUUCCUGUCUAUUUGAUUAAUGUAUGUAUAUUAGCUUUGAUUAUAAUUAGCUAUAAUGACAUAACCUUAUAUUUAUGUGUGAUAUCUUAAUCUGUAUGAGCUCGGUCAGGGUGCAGUAUGUGCCUUAUGAAUUCCAAUCGUCUGAGACCUCGAA